GGGGAAGAUCCGAGGCGAAAGAAAGAAAGCCGAGGAAUCGCCGGGAGACCUGGAAAAUGGGAGGCCGCCGGCAUCAAAGCAAUUAACGCCCUUCCCGGGAUUUCUUCGGGGGGGAGGGCUGGGGUGGGAACGAAGAUGUUUUUCCACCGAUAGUAGUAGCAGCUUCGAAUUCACCGGCGGCAGCCCCAUAGCAGAAAGUGAUUGCGGAGAGAGGCGCAAUUCGCGCGGAGGAGCUCCCCGGCCCUUGCUCCAGAACAAAGGUGAUAAAGGCACACUCCAACAAAGUCAACCAAUUCUGUUAACAAUUUCAUUGGGAAUGGACAAUGGGAUGCUUCCUGAUUUUAUCAUGAUCAAAAACUGCUUUCUUCUUUGUAUUUCCAUGGAUUUAGUCAGUCAUUUUGGCUUCUCACAGAUGCCAACAGCUUCAGGGAAACAUGACACCAAUGAUAACAUUACCAUAUUCACUCGGAUCCUUGAUGGCCUAUUGGAUGGAUACGAUAACAGACUUCGCCCAGGUCUGGGAGAGAGAAUAACGGAGGUGAAAACAGACAUCUAUGUCACCAGUUUCGGUCCAGUUUCUGACACUGAAAUGGAAUAUACUAUUGAUGUUUUUUUCCGACAAAGCUGGAAAGAUGAAAGGCUUCGAUUUAAAGGCCCAAUGCAACGUCUCCCUCUUAAUAAUCUUCUGGCCAGUAAGAUUUGGACCCCAGAUACAUUUUUCCACAAUGGCAAAAAAUCCAUUGCCCAUAACAUGACCACUCCCAACAAGCUGCUGCGUCUUGAGGAUGAUGGAACCUUGCUGUACACAAUGAGGUUAACCAUAUCUGCGGAAUGCCCCAUGCAACUUGAAGACUUUCCCAUGGAUGCCCAUGCUUGUCCGUUAAAAUUUGGAAGCUACGCUUAUCCCAAUUCAGAAGUGAUCUACGUGUGGACUAACACCUCAGCAAAUUCGGUGGUAGUAGCAGAAGAUGGUUCUAGGCUUAACCAAUAUCACCUAAUGGGACAAAGUGUAGAUUCUGAAAACAUCAGUACCAGUACAGGGGAAUACACUAUAAUGAGGGCACAUUUUCAUCUGAAAAGGAAGAUUGGUUAUUUUGUCAUCCAGACUUACCUUCCCUGCAUUAUGACAGUCAUCUUAUCACAAGUAUCAUUUUGGUUAAACAGAGAAUCUGUCCCUGCUCGAACAGUCUUUGGCGUGACUACAGUUCUUACAAUGACGACCUUAAGCAUCAGUGCCCGUAACUCUCUACCCAAAGUGGCUUAUGCUACUGCAAUGGAUUGGUUUAUCGCCGUAUGCUAUGCCUUUGUCUUUUCUGCCCUGAUUGAAUUUGCCACGGUCAACUAUUUUACCAAAAGAAGCUGGGCCUGGGAUGGCAAAAAAGCUUUGGAGGCUGCAAAAAAGAAGAAAAAAGAACGUGAAUUAAUGGCAAAUAAAGCCAUAAACAGCUAUGCUGCUGGAAAGAUGACGCCCACAUUAAACAUACCAAAGGACUCCACCCCUUCAGUCAUCUCCAACUCUGUUUCUUCUCCAGCCAUGCCCAUUGAGAAACCGGCUGAAAACAAAAAGACGUAUAACAGCAUCAGUAAGAUUGACAAAAUGUCCCGAAUAGUUUUCCCUCUCUUGUUUGGAACAUUCAAUUUAGUUUAUUGGGCCACAUAUUUGAACAGGGAACCUGUAAUUAAAGGUGCUGCUUCUCCAAAAUAAAUGGAAGGACUUCCAGAUUCAAGUGUUAGCCAUACUUGCAAAAACAAAUGCUACCGAGGAGAAUUUGAGGUUCCAAAAGAUUUUUGACCUUUGGGCAAUAUUCUUCAGGAAGUUUUUGCAUGUUUAACAAUAUGUACAAAAUUAUUCUUGCCUUGAUUAUUUCUACAUGUAACCUCAGAUGUUUGUGACAAUUACAUAAAUGACAGCAGACACUAAUCUUUUUAGGACAACAGAAGACUUGGAACAUAGUUUCUAUGCUGCUGGGUAUCUGCAUUGAUAGUUUACAAAUGAAAUAGGGUAUAUUUUUUAAACUGUUUGGGCAUAUAACAUAUCUGCCAUUUUUUUAUAUUUCGAAUGUACAUUCAUGCACAUAGUGGGACUGUGAACUUUGCAACCUGCAGAGGUAUUCUUACAAGCUGUUCCAGAGUUUGUCCAUGCUGGAACACUCUAGCUCAUAGUCAUGCUGAAUGCACAUGAAGUGGAUUAACAGCAGCACCUCUUAAGAGCACAUGCCCACAAGCAACCUUUUGGCAAUCUACACUCCUCCCCUGAUAACUUGGAUGUGUGGAACAAACAAGACCGCUCUAGUGUCACAGGCACAGAUUUAUUUUUGCCUUUGAAUGCAGCAUUUUUUUUAUGAUGGCCAUCUAUACUUUGAAAUACAAAUCUCUGAAACCGGGACUAAUUUUCCAACCUAUUAUCUGUCCUCAGCUUUGAGACGUGGUAGCAGUGCUUGGUGUGUCAAACUGUCUAACACUUAAUGCUGAUGAGAACUGCUAAAUAUUACUGGUGCCCAUGACAUACAUAGCAUAGGGGACCCUGAAUCCUGUGAUGGCUGCUGUGGGUAAGACUUUUCCAGAUAAUGUCAUGGAAUGCAUAAUAUUCAGCAGUGUACAGGAACUGGCCCUUCCUUUCUUUGCAUUUGUAAAACGUGUGCAGGUUUUGUUGAACCAUGUGUAAGCGCUUUGUAUCAGUAUAUCAGCCAUAUUUCUCUUGAUUCUGGUCCACGACUUGGUAUUUGAACUGAGUGACUUUCUGCAAGUCAAGUGGCUCACUCCUUAGUGGCUUCAUAAUCCCAGAAGGCUCAGGUCAUUUCAGAACCUAGGACUUUGAAACAGUAGUGGCCUAAGUGCCCUGUUGUGCCUGAAAUGCAAGGUAAAGACACUGAAAGCUAUUCUCCCACCUGCCCACCUGGACCGGUUAAUUCAGGGGGUCAGCAACCCGCAGCUCUGGAGCUGCAUGUGGCUCUUUCAUCCCUCUGCUGUGGCUCCCUGUCGCUCAAAAUAUGUGUCACAACCGCCAAUGUGCGACAUCUGACAGCACACGAUUUAUUGAGCUCUUCAACCCCCAGUAGGCCAACCAUGGAUAAAUCCAAGAAAAGAAAGUUUCAGAAGAAAAUAGAACCUUUAAUUCAAAUAAAUGUGCUAGUUUUGUGGCAAUAGCCAGGCACGGGAAGGGUUUUGUGGCUCCCGGUGUUUUCUUUUCUGUAGGAAACUGGUCCAAAUGGCUCUUUAGGUGUUUAAGGUUGCCAAGUCCUAGGUUAGUUCAAGCAAAUUUCUUCACUUCUAUGAUAAGGUCAGUUCUGGCAAUAACACUGUGGUUGCCUUGUGCAGACCCCACUCUUGAUUCACCCAUUUCCACAAUUCUUUCUUUGCCAUUCUGAGAAUCUUAACAACUGCCCCAUGACUACCCAUUCUAGACCAUGUCAGGUUUUACAAUAAGCCACAACAGUAACCAUAACAAAGGUUAGUCAUAUGUAAUUUAGCAGAUUUAGCUGCUUUAUUUCACUAUGAAAUGCUUGCAAUGAAAUGGUAUUAUUCCCAAUAUAUUUAUGGUAUUAUUUAUUUGGCCCACCUUCCAAUUGCUUCUCUUUUUUUCUGUUAAUAGUCAAACUAUAGCACCCUUCCAAAAGUGCAACAUGCCACCUUCUGUAUGAAAAAUUAAUAUAAAAUUGUUAAUCAGUCCCAUGACAAUAAAAGGUUAUUGCAAUGGUAUUGCUUGCAUUGUAGCAGGCCACAAGAAGAGCCACUGCAGAAUCCCAGUUGACUACCUAGAACUUUGGGUAUGGCUAUUCUAGAGAAAAGAAGGAUUGAAAGAAUACUGGAAUACUAGUAUUUGAGGGGCUGCCACAAAGAAGAGGGAGGU